AGAACGGUAAGAAGUAAGCUGAGGCGGGGGGAUACACGGUUUCAGACGAAUUUGGGAGACAAUUCCAGCUGUUUUCCCAACAAAAUGGGAAUUUGGGAUCUUGCCCUUUGCCUCGCGGUCACAACCUGUUUAUGGAGUGUGUCCCUACAAGGAGAGCAUCAAAGGAGACUGUACCGAGAUCUGAUGAGAGAUUACAACCCACUGGAGAGACCUGUGUUUAAUGACUCGCACACCCUCACAGUAAAUUUCAGCUUCAGCUUGAUGCAGAUUAUGGAUGUGGACGAGAAGAAUCAAGUUCUCACAACUAACAUUUGGCUCCAGCUGUACUGGUACGAUCAUUACCUUAAAUGGAAUAUCUCAGACUAUCCUGGUGUGACGAGCGUACGAUUUCCUGAUAAUCAGAUUUGGAAGCCUGACAUCUUGCUAUAUAACAGUGCUGACGAGCGGUUUGAUGCUACUUUUCACACCAACGUGCUGGUUAGCUCCAACGGCGCCUGCCAGUACUUACCCCCAGGGAUAUUUAAGAGCACCUGCUACAUUGAUGUGCGAUGGUUCCCAUUUGAUGUUCAGCGGUGUGACUUGAAAUUCGGCUCAUGGACGUAUGGUGGCUGGUCUCUGGAUCUGCAGAUGAUUGAGGCUGACAUCACAGGCUACAUUGCCAAUGGAGAAUGGGAUCUUGUGGGCGUUCCAGGUCGGAGGAAUGAGAAGUUCUACGACUGCUGUCAGGAGCCGUACCCAGAUGUGACGUUUACAGUGGUGAUGCGCAGACGGACGCUCUACUAUGGCUUGAACCUGCUGAUCCCCUGUGUGCUCAUCUCCACUCUGGCCCUGCUGGUCUUCCUCCUGCCCGCUGACUCAGGCGAGAAGAUCUCUCUUGGGAUCACAGUGCUGCUUUCAUUGACGGUCUUCAUGCUGUUGGUAGCAGAGAUCAUGCCUGCAACAUCAGACUCAGUGCCUUUGAUUGCGCAAUAUUUUGCCACUACUAUGGUCAUUGUUGGAUUGUCUGUGAUAGCCACAGUUUGGGUCUUACAGUACCACUACCAUGACCCUGAUGGAGGAAAAAUGCCAAAAUGGACACGUGUAGUGCUGCUGAACUGGUGUGCGUGGUUCUUACGGAUGAAGAGGCCGGGUGAGGACCGGGUGCGCUCAGCCUGCCACAACAAGCAGCCACGCAGCAGCAUCUCCAGCGUGGAGUUGAAUGUCAGUGCAGGAGUCGGUGCAGGAGCACCUCACUCCACCAACGGUAACAUGCUGUACAUCGGCUUUCGUGGCAUGGACCCUUUACCCUACGCCACUUCCCCGGACUCUGGGGUGAUGUGUGGGCGGCUGGUGGGUGGGUGCGAAGAGGAUGUGCUGCUGCCCAGCAACCAGGCCCCCUCCAUCAGCAGCGGUGGCCAUGUAGAUACAGAGCUUGCCAAGAUCCUGGAUGAGGUGCGCUACAUCGCCAAGCGUUUCCGCGACCAGGACGAGGAAGAGACUCAGUGUAAUGAGUGGAAAUUUGCGGCCUCCGUCAUUGACCGCCUCUGCCUCAUGGCCUUCUCCUUAUUCACCAUCCUCUGCACCAUCGGCAUCCUCAUGUCAGCCCCUAACUUCGUGGAGGCCAUUUCCAAAGACUUCUUCACUUGAAAUGCACGCUGUGUAUGUUUUUCCCCAGCUUUUAAGCAUUUACCAAAUUCUUUGUUAAUGCUUUAAAGGACCAGUUCAGCCAAAAAUGCUCAUGUGAAUGACCACUAUUUAGGAUUAUACAGAGAUUAUGGUAACUGGAGGUUAAUAACUCUGUUAGCCAGAUUAGCAAAUUCAGUCAAGUGAAUUGCCACCAUUUAUCAUGAUGCAAAUAACAUCAUGCUUGCUGGUGGCUAAUAGCUUCCAUUAGCAAAUAUGGCUGGGUUACUCCUUUAAAACAGGUAUAUCUCUGCCUAAUUCAACCACUGCUAUGUAAACAAAGUCAUUCAGAGUGGUUUGAUGUGAACUGGCAGUGAUGGGAACCAGGGGUCAUGAUGUCUAUAAGACCAAAAUAAACGUCUUUGGGGACUAUUUUGCCUUAGAACACCCUGCACGUACCCCUCCAUCAUGAGUGUAUUUCAUAAAAUACAAC